CAAAACUAUUUUCAUGCGCACUCAAGCUCUAUGUAGGCAUUUCCUAUGCUACCCUAGUCUUCUUCAGAACUGCUCAGUCAAAGUGAUAUCAUCGAAAUAGAGCCUUCCACUGCCAGCAACGGGGACGCAUCGUCCACCGAUAACGAGCUGACCGGAUGUCAUGCCCUGCGGGAUCUGGAACACUGCGGUCUUCGGCGACCACGCGUCGACGCUUAACUGCUUAUUCGUGAGCUCCUUGCUCAUGCCGCCCAGAGACACCGGGUCAAGGCUGCAGGCGUCGAGCACAUCCGUCCUCGCCCAAAGCUCGAAUUGGUAGGUGGCGCCCGGCUUGAGGUUGACCGUUUGGUAGAAAGAGAAGUGUGUGUUGGUGAGGGCUCCGCAUCGACUGUAUAUACCGUCAGCGAAAUGUGGGGAAAUAGGGAAGAGAGGUGCGAGGACUCACAAGUUGCGUGCGCCGGAAUGCGCCGGAUUGUUAUUGGUGCCGGCCACAUUGGUGCACUCCCCGUCGUUGGGUUGCCAUGGAGCGCUCUGCUGAGCCGUACUCUCGAACCCUGGGUUGCCGACGACUUGCGUGGGAAGCGCGGGACCUGGCGGAUUCUGAGCGGCGCAGGUCGUGACUGUGACUUCAGGGCCAGGUACGGGUACGGACACGGUAAUGACCUCAGCCUCGCCGGGGAUGGUGAUAGUUGUUGUCACACCCUCUCCAGGUACAGUUACAGUCGUAGUGACGGGUUCACCUGGGAUAGUCACGGUAGUGACUUCACCCUCGCCGGGAAUCGUGAUGGUGGUCGUUACACCCUCUCCAGGUACAGUUAUUGUCGUAGUAACGGGUUCACCUGGGAUAGUCACGGUAAUGACCUCAGCCUCGCCGGGGAUGGUGAUGGUUGUUGUCACAUCCUCUCCAGGUACAGUUAUGGUCGUAGUAACGGGUUCAUCUGGGAUAGUCACUGUCGUGGGUACGGUGACAGUAGUGACCUCACCCUCGCCAGGGAUAGUAAUAGUUGUCUGCGGCAGCGUUGUCGUUUCCGUAGUGGACUUGGUCGUUGUCACAGUCGCUUCUUCACAAGGCAGGGUGAGAGUCGUCGGCUGUGUCACAACGCUCGUGACGGUGAUAUGGAUCGGUUCUCCAGCCUUUGUAGACGAUGUCAGGAAAGAGGACGGUCCGGAGCUGGAGCAGGAUCCGAAGAGAGGGUUGCAGCCGGUUCCGCAGUAAUCCUUGGUGGAGCCGCAGUAUCCAUAGCGACUGUCGACAGAUUAGCCGUGGUUUCAGACAAGUCCAUGAGGCUCUUGUGGUGCAGAGAUAGCAGGAAGCGCUCUGAAACCAGGGCACAGCCUGAUCGGAGACUUACCUGCAGCAAUUGCCGUAUCUGGAGUUCAGGCAAGUAUAGCCUUUGGAGCCUCCGCAGGUUCCAUCGGUGGACACUUUGCUGUACGCCGGAGGAGGUGAUGGAGGAUAAGUAGAAGCGCCGCUGCAAUCGCCGAAACCAGGCUGGCAGCCCUUGUUGGGGCUGCAGUAGUCGGAAGAACGUCCACAAUAGUUAUACUGGGAGCAGCAAUUGCCGUACUGGCUACCCUUGCAGGUGAGACCAAAGUCGGCACCGCAGCGGCCGUUUCUGCUG